CUCUUUCUCUCUCUUUCUCUCCUCCUCCCCGUCCCUUCCCUCCAGCCAGUCGGCAGCGUCUGCGCCUUUGAACUCCUGCGCGCUAUAAAUAGCCCCGAGGGCGGGCGGGCGGGCGUGCGGGCGAGGCGGCUUUCCCGCUCUUUGCCGGCCAUGGCGUGCCUGGACCGCUGCCGCUGCUGCACGGACCACCGGCGCCAGGGCAGCAUCCUCUACAACAUCCUCAAGAGCCAGGAGCACCGCCACCACCAGAAGGAAGAGGGGGAGGCGGCGGCCCAAGGCGGGGAGGCGCUGGCGGGCCCCCCUCCGCUGCCGGCCCCUCCGCUGCCGCUCCCCGCGAGGCCAGGGGCCGGGGCGGCGGGCUGCUCGUGCGGGGCCGGGCGGCGCGUGGCCCUGCGGAGCCCCCAGGCGGCCUGCAAGGCGGCCUCGGCGGUGCUGGUGAAGACGCUGCGCUUCGUCAAGAGCGUGCCCUGCUUCCAGGAGCUGCCGCUCGACGAGCAACUGGUCCUGGUGCGCAGCUGCUGGGCGCCGCUCCUCGCCCUCGGCCUGGCCCAGGACCGCGUCCACUUCGAGACCGUGGAGAGCGCCCGGCCCAGCAUGCUCCAGCGCAUCCUCACCACCCAGCCGCGCCCCCACCAACACCCCGGACAGCCCCAGGAGAAGCCCGGCCAAGCCCAGCCCCGCCACCACCGCCACGAGGACGACGGCGACGAGGAGGAGGAGGAGGAGGAAGAAGAGCGGCUCCCGCCCCAGGCCCCAGAGCCCCGCUGCCCCCAGCUGCCCUCGGCGGGGGAGAUCCAAGCCAUCCAAGGCUUCCUGGCCAAGUGCUGGAGUCUGGACAUCAGCACCAAGGAGUACGCCUACCUCAAGGGCACCGUGCUCUUCAACCCGGAUCUACCAGGGCUGCACUGUGUACAGUACAUCCAGGGACUGCAGCAAGAAGCACAGCAAGCUCUAAAUGAACAUGUCAGACUGAUUCACAGAGGAGAUCAGGCCAGAUUUGCUAAACUCAAUGUAGCUUUGUCCAUGCUCAGAUCCAUCAAUGCCAAUGUUAUUGCAGAACUGUUCUUUAGACCUAUCAUUGGAACCGUAAAUAUGGAUGACAUGCUGUUGGAGAUGCUUUGUGCGAAAUUAUGAAGUUCAGUGUCAAUAUAUAUAUAUAUAUAUAUAUAUAUAUAUAUAUAUACACACAUAUUAUAACAGACCAAUCCAACAAUGAAACAUCGUACAACAAAAUAGUGUAAAGUAUUGUAAAAUAAACUAACUUAUUGUUUUUA